AUGAGUUUGGCCAUUGAACUGAGUAGACAAUGUCUAACAAAAUCGAACUGUACACUAACGGUAAUGAAUACCAUUGAAUAUGCGAGGAAAAAUGUUUACUCUCUCCUAACACAAUUCGGUGGUACAAACCGGCUACCCGCCGAACAACGGAAACAAUUAGAUGAACUUCAAAAACUGCGAGAAGAAGUUCUAGCUCAAGUAUAUCCGAAAACCAAACAUUCAUCUAUUCAAUACUAUCAUGUCAUUGAAAUAAAAAGUCUAAUAAGUAUUGGCGAGCAAGGAUUUCCCGUUUAUACGUACAAUCUCGAUAAUAAUGAGCAAGCAGUGGAGGAUGAGCACGUCGAAGCAUUGAAUAAACUCAAUUCAGUGUCGAAUGCAAUUAUUGUGAGUACCAUUGGAGAUUAUAAUUCAGGAAAAACAUUUUCAGGUAAAUAUCUAAUCUAAUGAAACUAAGUAAAACGAAAUCCAAACUGCUUGAUAUUAUUUUCACAACUUUUAACUUGAAAAUUAUUUUCAAAAUGACUUCUGCUUUCCUUUUUAAUGUUGAAACCUUAUAGAGAGUAUAAUACUGCUACGAAGAACAUUCCAGAUCAAUUAUAAUUUACCUGAACUAUUUCUGUUACGCUUUCGGUGAGAACGUUCACCAUCGUCAGGUAACAAUAUGCCAAGAAAAAGAAUUAUUACUAUUAUAUAUGUCUACAGACGCCCAAGAAGCACAUCCACCUCACUACAAACGCGCGCAGCUACUCGGGCACAACCGUCUCCACAGACCACCGGCUAGUCAUCACCACCACGGUGAUCAAGCCAAACUUCUUGAGACGGCAAGGCACAAAUGCCAGAUCGGUGAAAAUCGACGUACCACGCCUAGCCAACAACGCGACAGAUCGACAC